AUGGACGGCGCCGCGCGCCCCCCGCUGUCGCUGCUUGUCGUGGAGGCGUUUGCCGGAACCUAUCCCAUCGCCAACGCAGCCCCCGCGCUGGCGGAGAAGGGCGCCGCACGCAUCACUGGCUACGUGGGCAUCGAAUGGGACAAGCCUAGCCGCGCGCCGCGGCCAGAGCAGAUCGGCCUCCCCCAUGAGGACUUCCUGAACUUCACCGGCGACCCCAGGGGUGACGUCACCGACCCCCGGGUCCACGAGGCAGUUAUCGCCUUCGUCAGGGCCCGCGUCGCCGCGUCAGACGCCGUCGUCGUCGCCGGCGGCCCCCCCUGCCAGCGGUACAGCACGGCUGCGUCCGCGCGGAGCCGCUUCCCCAGGCGGUACGACGCCAUGGAAGCCGACCAGGAGCUGCUCGCCGCAUUCGACGCGCUCGGCGCCGCGAAGACGGAGCUGGCCGCUUGCGGCCCCUCCCUCGGCGACCUGGCGGCCGCAGGGGCGCGGGUGUCUACGGCGGCGGCUGCUAUCGAGGCUGCGAAACGGGUCAGCCUGGACGCCCACGCGCGGGCCAAGGUGGAGGCGGAGCAGGAUGCUGGGGGCCUUUGUGAUGCUGACGAGGUUGUGAGGUCGUACCUCUGGCUCUACAAGGCGGUUGAGGCGGAGGCGCGGGCGGCGGGGAAGCCGUGCUAUAUCGUGAUGGAGAACCCCUACUCCAAUCGCUACCGGGGGCUGUGGAACAGGCCCUUCAUGAAGCUCAACCACCUGCUCCACCUGCCCAAGGCCCCUGCCGGCGGCGCCGAGUCCCGAGAGAGCAGCUUCCUCGCAGCUUCCUCCACCGCCUGGCUGCGCUGCGUGUGGACCAACUACUGCUGCUACAACGCGGAGGCCCCCAAAAAGGACACGAUCAUAUUCACAAACAUGCCAGAGGAUGCCCUUGCCGAGCGCCGCUGCAGCAGCCGCAGGACGCAGCACGGCUUAAUCCCGUCGUCCUGCAAGGUCGGGGGCGGCGCCGAUCACGUGACGAUCAAGGGCACGAAAGGGGCGCAGGAGCGCGCGGCGUGGCCUCGCGAGUUCGCGCUUGCAGUGCUGGAGGGCUGCGCCGCCGCCGCGCGGGGCGGGGCGGCUGGGAGCGCGGGUGGACGGGCGCCGCGGCCGGGCGGCGGCGAGAACGGCACAGAGGCUUCGGUUGGCAAGUUGGCUGAGAUGACGGCGCGGCUGGCCGUCGCGCCGCCUGAGGAGCUCCCGGAGCCCUUUGACUGGCACGGCAUCGGGUCGCAGCCGCUUCUUGUGACCGCAGAGGCGGCCGGAACCGCGGGCGCCGCACUGGGCGGCGAGGAGGUGCCGGAUGCGGGCGACGAGGGGGCCGGCGAGUGUGUCGCGGCGCGCGCAGCCGGGCAGCUCUGGAAGGAGCCGUGCGGCUGCGGCGAUUGCGCCGAGCUUCUGCCCGGCAUCGCCGCUCCGCUGGGCCAGAUUGUUGCCAAGCCCCCCGCGGCGCCGCGCGCGGGCCGCUCGCGCAAGCCCAAAGCCAGGCAGGCCGCGACCGCGGCGGCGCUCUCGCGCGUGCCGCUGCCGCCUGGCCACCCGCUGGCUGCGUUGAUCAUCAUCAUUUUUUGCCACGCGGGCUGA